CAUCACAAUCAUUAACAAUUGAACCAACAACAAAUAAUAAUUUAGAAUUAAUAUUAUUUACUACCAAUGAACAAAAUGAACAAGAAUUAAUUGACGAACAACAAGUUAAAAUAACUUCAUCAACAACAACAACACGAACAACACAUUAUGAAUCUCAAUUAUCAUCACCUCAUGAUAAUGAACCUAUGGAAUCAUCAACACAUUAUGAUGAACAAAUGUCAGAUGAUAAUAAUGAACAACAACUUCAACAACCAUCAUCUAUUGAACCUAGUAUUAAAUCUCAACGACGUACUCAACAAUUAACAGAAGAAGAAAGACGUAAAAUACAUAAUCGUACAUGCACUCGUAAACAACGUAUACGAUAUUAUCGAAAUGAAAUUCAACGUCGAAACAUCGAUAAACGAUUUAGUAUUCGAAAUAUCAAACGUAUUCUUCGACAACAUCGAAUUCCAUGUACAGUUGUUAACUUCUCAACAUCACCUAUGACUCAUCAACGUACAUUACAUAUUGGGAUAAAGGAUAUAUCAAAAAAAGAAACGUAUGAAAGUGAAAUUCAAAAUUUAUUUACCCGAAAACAUUAUGAACAUAUACAAUAUAAAAAACAACAACAAGUUUAUCAUAUGGAGCAUCGUCGUCGUCGAGAUUAUCAUUGUCAUCGUCGUGCAUCAACGAAUAAAUAA